UGUCUACUGAACAGAUUACAACAAACAAUAAACAAGUUUUAUUAUUAAUUAAUAAGUUCAUUUGUACCAGAAAAUGAACGCUCUUUUGGAUUAUGGAACAUCUUCCAGUAGUAGCAGUGAUGAAUGUGACGAGACAGAAGAAUCUACUACAGAGACUCCGAAGCAGAAAUUACCAAAACCAAGCUUGGGAGAAAGCACUAUUCAAACAUCAGUCUUUUCCAAUCCUUUUGUGGCAGCUGAGCAAGCGAAAGCAGCGAUCCUAGAAAAACAUGUGAAAAUGGUUCCAGGUAAAGAUGGAAUGCAGACUAUAAAUGGAAGGAAGAUAUGUUGGAAUCACAGAAAAGGAAGAUGUCGGUUUGGACAUAACUGUAAAUAUGCACAUGACACUGAUAUACAGAAGACACCAGAAGAAUUAGAGGCUGAGAAACAGCAAUACAAGUCAGUUAUUUUUGAAGGGGCAGGCACAAUGACAGCAGCACCGCCUCCUGAAGCAACACUGGAUCCAGUAUCUAAUACAGAUGAUGUAAUAUGGGAAGGUGGAGUCAAUAAAAAGAAAGUCAAGCGUCCUGGAUUAAGUAAAAACUUAAUACCCAAUAAAAAAGUUAUCAAAAUGUACAAAGAACAGAAAGCUAGGGAUGGAAAAAAAAUAUAAUUUAUUAGUUUUAUAAA